AUGGAGCACAAUCCUCAAAGGGUUUGAUUUCUAUGUUGUGACUUGAGAGGCUAAGAUAUUCAUUUAAACAUCCCAAUGAGGAAUCUCAAGGUAGACAUCUCCAGCUACCAAGUUGGCAUUCAAUCUAUCAGCUUUACAAAAGCUCAUUUGGAUCUUAGCUCUACAGAGCGUGAUCGUCAGAGAUUUGGUUUCUACAUUAUGGCCCAUGGUCAUCACUCUGAGCUUCUUGGUUCCAAGUCGUCACUCCUGAGCCUCCUGGUUUCAGGUCGUCACUCUGAGCUUCCUGGUUUCAGGUCGUCACUCUUGAGGUUCCUGGUUUCAGGUCGUCACUCUAAGCUUCUUGCUUCCAGGUCGUCACUCCUGAGCUUCCUGGGUUUCCAGGUUGUCACUCCUGAGCUUUCUGGUUUCCAGGUCGUCAUUCCUGAGCUUCCUGGGUUUCCAGGUCGUCACUCCUCAGCUUUCUGGUUUCAGGUCGUCACUCCUAACCUUCCUGCUUCCAGGUCGUCAUUCCUCAGCUUCUUGGUUCCAGGUCAUAAUACCUCAGCUUCCUGCUUCCAGGUCGUCACUCCUGAGGUUCCUGGUUUCAGGUCGUCACUCCUGAAGUUCCUGGUUUCAGGUCAUCACUCCUCAGCUUCCUGGUUUUCCAGGUCGUUACUCAUCAGUUUCCGAGUUCUAGGUCGCCACUCUCAACUUUCUCAAUUUCCUGCUUCCAGGUCGUCAAUUUGAGCUCCCUGGUUUCAGGUCGUCACUCUCAGCUUACAGGUUGGAAAUCUCAAAUCAAGGUUUCCAAGCCAGAUUCCUCAAGAAUAAAUCAGACCCCUCUAC